AUGAAUAGUAACCGCAGCCAGAACUUGGGCUUGAUCGUCGAUAAGGUUGGCGGUGUGGUCAUGAAAGCGAAUGUCAUUUCGUUGCAUCCAAAUACAGCGAAGGAUGACCGCCCGAACCACAUGGAAAACGACGAAGAGGCUGUAGCCGUAACUCGUUUUUGA